CACUGGAUGGAACGUGCUAACGGGCCUUGAUUUCAGGAAGAGAGCACUCUUUUGCCAGCCUCCGCUUUCUACCAAAAUGCUACCUCAAAACACAGAAAGAGAACAUGCCACCGUUUCCUUGAGAGACGCAAGUAGCGUGGAGUCACAGCAACCAAACCCAUUCUUGUCAAAUCCCUUGAAGUUCAGCAGUGGGAUUUGCUCUGCAGGUAGUCUCUUGGUGCAGUUCACUUCGCUGACUACGUCUUACUGGGUGCUGGAGUCUACCCCCAAAGGACUGGUCCAUGGCGGACUCUGGAGAAUCUGCAUGGGUCCGACAUGCUUUUUCUAUCGGUUCCAUUUAUUAGCCCCCCAUAUCCACGUGGCUCGAGGAUUUCUGUUGAUGGCUUGCUUCUGUGGACUCAUCUCAUUGCUAUGCAUUUGUGUCUCUUUUGAACACAAUUACUUGUACGGCAUAUCAGUGAUCCGAACUGCUGGCUACUUGAACCUCCUUGCAGGUUUUCUCAUCAUGAUUGGCAUGAUUGUUUUCACAGCUGUUUACAGGAGAUCCAAAGCUUACACAGAUUUUUUACUCAUAUUUGGUUCCUCUUACGGCUUGGGCUGGGCCUCCAUUCCUAUGUAUGCAAUGACUGGUAUACUGCUAGUGCUGACUCACAAAACAAUUGUCUCUGAGCUCUAGGUCCAGUCUUCCCCAUAGAUAUGAAAAACGACCAGUGGUAGAUCGGUUGGUUUUGUAGAUGACUAUUCCAAGAAUUGGAUUGUUUUUGUUUUUUUAGUUGGGUGUAAGUUGCGUGUCAAGGGUGGCACAAUGAGCUACAAUGAAUUUAUUGUUUCAGUUCAUAUGUAGUUGCCAGACUCCAUGGUUUGACCAUCAUAAGUGGGUUUCAGCUCCACUCCAAUGCCCUGUAUUUUGUAGUGCCCAAACAAGGCAAAGUACAUCUUUUUUGUGUGGAUGCAGCAUAUUAUUCGCCUCUGCUCCAGAAAAGAAUGAUAGUGGCCUUCGAGACAAACUUUGAUGUGCAAUUCAGGAUAUGAGAAGGAGAGAAAAGGACCAGUAGGAAGCACGUGGACCUGAAGACAUUUUGGAACAACUAAAUUAUUGUUUGGACACUACAUCUGAAAAUACAUGUGAAGGCUAGUACUGGUUUAUGGCAGCCAUUGUUUUUUGCAUCCACUGGAAUCACUCAUUGGCGUUAGUUUCCUGCAAGCAGAAGAACUGAAGCCCAGCAAAGAUUUGCAGUGAGACUGUACAUAAUUAUUUUGCAAUUAAAGAAGAUAUUUUUGUUGUUAA